AUGGCCAGCGUGGAGAUUGUUCGUGGAAUCGCGUCUGGUAAUGCCAAAUGCCAGGAAUCGAAGUCUUCUGGGCCGUCGUUUGGCUUGGGCUGGUUCUCAAAGGAUCAUGUCAAGCAAGGGAAGGCCAAAUCUCGACAGGUCCCUGCAGAGAGUCCACUCGGUUUCACAGUCUAUCGAAAACCUCCGGUUUAUGUUGGCGGAAGUUCAGUGCUAGUGCAAGUGUGGGCUGUGGGGCUGGACGAUGUGGAUGCCCGUCUUGUGGGUGUGCAUCCGCCGCCAUUGAAGCAACCAUCGUCGGGGACUCCUCACAGGAUUGAGGAGAAAGGUGAUGGGAAAAGGCUCGUUCCACUAGGUUUUAUUCCAGGGCGGUCUUUUGUUGGGCGUAUCCUCGAAGUGGGAUGGGAUGUUGACAAACACUGUCUUAAGAAAGGAGACUGGGUCGUCGGUCUCAACAGCGUGCAGAAGUGUGGUGCUUUGACUGAAUUCAUUCUCGUUGACCGACAUCGCAUUCAUUGCGUGCCACAUCCUAACAUGCCUGAUCAGCCAUCUCUGGUUCUCUCCUCGUUGAGCGAGGAUGACAGGGUGGGGCAGCGCAAUUCGCUUGUAUUUCCUGCUGUGAAUGAACCCAACGGUCUCACAGUGGACGAGCUUGCUCUGCUCCCGCUUUCAGGCGUUCCUGCUUAUCGCGCUGUACGCACAUUGACGCACAUCACACGUGCAUUAGUACAGCCUGACGUAGCUGCAUGGCGGCCACGCAGAAACGGGCAUAGUCGUGAAGUUACCAGCGACACUGAUGAAGAUGAUGUUGUCAUCAUGCAAAGGCGGUUCGACACGACGCGUCCUCGCAUAUUAAUUUUACGUGGACACGACGGACCCGGUGCACUAGCCCUGCAGAUGCUUGUUCGCGCUGGGUGGUCUGUCUGGGCUCAUGUACCUGUACCAUUUGACCUUCCCGGUCUUCCUCACGAGUUCGAAGAGGAUCUUCAAGACGAAGACAAGAAACGUACGUUGGCAAUACGACGAGUUAUGCUGGAACGAAUUGAGAAACGGCUUCGUGGGUGGGGUGUAGACGAAACUGAAAAAGCCUCGGCGACGGCACUUUUCACCUACUUGGCACGCACGCGCGUUCGUUUUGAUGCGAUCAUCGAUACGAUUGGGGGCCGUGAGAUUUGGGAGGCCGGGCGGACAUUACUCAGCCUUCCAGUUCACGAUGCCGCGCGAGCCAAAAUUGAAGGCCAGUUUACUACCCUGGUAGGUGACGCACCCGACCGUGUAGUGUCUACCGCGAGCGAUCAUUUCCGUGCGGGCGUACGAGCGCUUCGCAUCGGAAACUCCAAAGGUACCUUGCAAGUCCACGAUGGUGCCGAGUUUUCUCAGCCAUCCGUCGCGCCCCCCAGGGGCAAGAGGGACAGAAGAAAGAUGAAGCCCAGGCCGGUGAACUACGCGUGGGUGAACGUCAUGUCGGACGUGGAUUGGGAAGGUGCGGAUGUGCGGGACUCAUUGGGCGCAACGCUGGCGAUGGCAGUAAAGGAAGGCGUGCGGCCUGCCGUCGGUCUUUCUGACUUUCCGGACUUGUCGAAAAAGGGCAAAGAGAGGAUGAAGAACAAGUUUGGCGGUGGUGACGGGGAGACUCUGGGAAAAGUCAUCCCGUUCGAGAAUACGCCGCAAGUUUUCAUUGCUGGAGGUGGACUUGAGCAUGGCGGAACAGUUGUGUCUAGAAUAGCUGGGUGA